GCAAUUUGGUUCUGAUCUUGAAUCCUAUCAGCUUUUGCCUUCAAUGGCUUAUGUGCUUGAGAAAACAAAUCCUGGCUCUAUGUUUAAUCUAGUCACAGGGAAGGAUGAUGCAUUUUCUACCUUUUUUAUGUCAUUCAAACCAUGGAUAGAAGCUUGGCCCUACUGCAGACCUGUUCUUAUAUGGGAUGGUUCUUUCAUGAAGGCUUACUAUAAAGGCACUCUCCUUACAACUUGUUGCCAAGAUGCCAAUGAUCACAUAGUUCCUAUUGCAUUUGGUAUUUGUGGUUCUGAAACUAAAGCUUCUUGGAAAUGGUUCUUAUCCAAAGUUUGUCAAUCAAUAAAGUACAGACAUGACCUGUACGUAGUAUCUGAUAGGCAUAAAGGGCUUAUCAAGGCCGUUUCUGAACUCUUGCCACAUGCUAGCCACGGUUUUUGUGUUGCUCAUCUUGGUCGUAACAUAACAUCAAAAUUCAGAGGAUCUGCAGCUGGUUUGGGAUGGAAGUUCAAAGCUGCCUAUAUGGCAGCAACUAUGAAAGAAUAUGAUGACUACUUAUCCAUGUUGGAUUCUGAAGACCCCAGGAUAAGGACUUGGCUAGACAAAUUAGGUGCUAACACAUGGUCAAAAGUAAUGUCUGGCCCAAAGAGAUAUAAUAUUAUGACAUCAAAUUGUGCUGAGUCUAUGAACAAAGUCAAUGUCUGUGCUAGAGAGUAUUCUGUGUCUAAACUUGUUGAUUUCUUGCGUGAAAGGAUGCAGCAAUGGUUCACAGAGAGGAAAGAUAAAGCUGAGAAAACAAGUACUAUACUCGCAAAGAAAUGUGAGAAACGCCUGGUAGCUUUGCAAGCUGAAUCCACACGUAUGAAGGUUAAACCAUCAUGUGCAUAUGAAUUUGAAGUUGUUGACAGUAGAUGCAAGUCCUUUGUGGUAAACCUCAACUCUAGAAGUUGUACAUGCGGCCACUUUCAAUUAGAUCAAUUUGUGUGUGUUCAUGUUGUGGCUGCAAUCGGUAUACGCCCACACCUUUCAUGUUAUACGUACAUAUCUCCAUAUUACACAACAGAUGCUUGGCUUGCUACAUGGUCUGGUAUCAUGCAUCCUAUUGCUGAUCCUGACAGUUGGUCAAUUCCUGCUACUAUUCAAAACCAGAGAUGCAAGCCACCAAGUUGUUUGAAGCGUCCUCCUGGUCGCCCUAAGAAAUGCAGGAUUCCAUCCAUUGGAGAAUAUAGAGGUUCAAAACGUCAAAAAUGUUCUAGAUGCCAUGUGCUUGGGCAUAAUAAGAAAACUUGUAGAAAUCCAAUUCCAAUUAAUACCCAGUGAUGUAGAUUUGUCCACUCAUUUUAUGUUGUCUUCUGUUUUUUUUUGUACUUUUAACAAUUCUACUAUGUGGUUUGGACUUGGUUAUCAUUUCGUUGAACGUUUAAGGUUUUGUGCUUUAGCCAUUCUUGGCA